UCUUCUGUUUGGCUUACCGAUGACUCUGUGCUGUUAAGAUGGGCUUCGUGUUCUAUUAACCGGUGCAUUAUUCAGAUCUAUAAUUCAGAAAUGGACAAGGUUUAUGAAGAGCUGGAUGAAGUUAAAGCUGAAGUUGAUAGACUCAAGGCAGAACUUAGAGCCAAGACUGAUUCACUUGAGAACUUGAAGAAAUCUCACAAUGCACAGGUCAACCAGAUUCAAGAAGCAAGGCUCAAAGCUGAGGAGCGGAAACAUGAACUGCUUCGAAAGGAGGAUGAGAUUGCGGAGGCAAAUCAGGCUUGCCAAGAUCUCAAGGGGGAUUUGAAUAAAAAGGAGUCCAUCAUCAAACAUCUCAGUGCUGCAAAUGACAAGCUUCGAGCCGAUUGUAAUGAAAAGCUUAAGAAGUGGGAAGAUGAGAAAAGGGAUUUGUUAUUGACCUUAGAGGAAUCAAAUGAGAAGGCGGAGAACCGUGAACAACAGGUUAAUCUAUGCAGGCAAGAGAUUGAACGCCUGGAAGGCUAUCUUGUAGUUUCAAACAAGAAGUGUUCUGAAUCGCAGAAAGGCCUAAGAGCUUCCACAGAGCUAAGAGAAAGAAAUGACAUGUUACAGGAGUUAGAAGAGGAGAAGAGGAAGGUGGAAGAUCAAUUGAAGUGGAAGAAGGAACAGUUUAAGCAUCUAGAAGAAGCACAUCAAAAGCUCAAAGAAAACUUCAGGUCCAACAAGAAAGACUGGGACAUGGAAAAAUCCACAUUGCUUGAUGAAAUUUCUUCACUGCAAGAAAAGUUAGAUUCUCAGAUCAGAAUUUCUGAUGAUCUAAAACAUCAGCUACAGACAUGCCACCAAGCCCUUGCUCAUGUAGAAAGCCAGAAAAAACGUCUGCAAGUUGAGGUUUCAGAUUUAAAGGCACGGCUAGAUGAUGCUAGUAGUGAGUACCAGGAUGCUAAGUCAGAGCUUGACUGCUUAAGCUCUCGACUUGAAAAAGAUAUUGGAGAGUUGAGAUAUGCACUGAAAACAAAAGAUGCAUAUCUUAGAGAAUCAAAGUACAGAAUUGAGAAGCUCGAGCAAGAAAACCAAGAGUUAAGAAUUCCCCUCAAGGAACUACAGGAAGCUCAAAUUCAAGAAGCUGGAGCUACAUAUUCUCAGUCAAAGCUGCGGUCAAAGCUAAAAAACUUGGAACAAGCUCAUAAAGAGUGUGCUUCAACUCUUCAGGUUAAAGAAGCAGAAUGGAAAUCUCAGCUAGAGAAACUGGCUAAGGACCUGAAUAGCUACGAGUUUGAGUUGGAAACCAAAGUUGCAGCAACAGAAGAGCUGAAGAAGGAGUUGGAAAGAUCUCAAUCUCUGAAUAUUGAGAUGGAGUUGCUGAAUGAAGAGAUGUCUGUGAUGCUGCUAGUGUUAAGACAGGGAAUUUCUGAGGCUCAAUUGAACCUUGCCAACUAUAAGGAAGAGAUGGAUGUACUGAACAGGAAGAGAGAAGAGAAGGUUCUGCAACUGAUGAAGGAGUUGGAGAUUAAAGAAGCUGCUUUAAUCAGUGUCCAGAAAGCUAUGAAUGUAGAGCGCGAGAGAGCAGCGUGUCUAAUGAAGGAGGUUGAGUCCUUUGGAGUCUCCAAGGAACUUCAGCAUCCGCUUGAAGAUGAACUUGAUAGGCACAUGGAAAUGUUGGAGGAAUCAAACAUAUGCCAGCUAAUCCUCAAAGAUAAGGUCAUGGAGAUGGAAUGUGAAUUGAAAGACCAGCUUAAAGAAGUUCAUGAUGCUUUAGACAGUGCAAAUGUUGAAUUGGAUGAGACAAUAAGUGUGAGAAAUGAAAUGGAAUUCGAGUUGCAGAUAUGGAUGUCGAUCGUUGAACGUUUGAAGAAUGAUCUUGAAGAGAACCACAUAGUGCGCAGGGAACUGGAAACUUCACUUCUCACACAAGUAGAUGUUGCUGAAAGCCUCAAGCAAGAGAAAGAUAUCUUGGUCUACAAGUUGGAGGAGCAAGAGAUGAGAAUAGACCAAUUGAAUCAAGAGCUGAAAGUAAGGAAGGAAAUUACCUCAGAAAUGGAUGCUAUACUACAGUUAGAACAUGUGAAGGAAUUGAAUCAUCAAAUGGAGACAAAGGUGCAAAACUCAGAUGAUGUGAUUCAGAAACUCAUGAUUGAGAAUAGAAAUCUGAUGGAAAAUGUCACAAGAUUGUCAUUAGAAAGGAAAAAUCUGUUGCAAUUUGUUCAGGGAUUGGGGGAUAAAAUCAAUGAGUUCUCCACUGUAGACUCUCAAUUAAUGGAAAUGCUCAAGACCAUGGCACAAUCUUUUGAGAAUGAUGGUCAAGGAGGAAUAUUAAUUUCAAAGAAGGAUGAUCGUUUCUUUGUAAAUGAAAAUAUGUUGAUUCAUUCUCCUACAAGUAGAAAGAAACUUGAAGUCACUUCUGAUAUAAGAUCACCCUUUAAGGAAGUCAACAAUUAGCUACAAUGCAUGGCAUGACUGCUUCUUUGAAUUGCAAA